GCUCAAAGUUGCGGAGACCAUGUGCUGGCUGGAUGGAUUCGCCAUUGCACGUAUCGCCCCCACGUUUUUCGUUCUUGCAUCCAUACGUGUGGACUCCUUGGCCGACAUCAGCACUGAAGCUUCGCAACGCAUUGCCAGCAGGUUCAUUGCAAUCAGCCGGAAGCAUCGGCGGCAAAGAGGAAUCAAACGCACCAUCCACAUCCUUGAUAGCGACCUCCAAGGCUGGAAGGAAAUCUUCAUAGAGUUCAAGCUGGGAUCUAAAGCCAUCAAUGGUUCAGCCUGGACUGGAACAGUUGCUUGCGUCUCGACGGAAGGUUGGAGGCAGAGGAUGGUUGACCGGACAUGCUGGCCCCGGCAUGUGGCUUUCAACGUCUCGACAAUGUCCAGGAGGAUGCAGAAGACGAACUCCUGCCGAGGCCCCGCCCUUGCUUGAGCUUCCGGAGGUCUCGAUUGCUGAUCCCGAUCCUUGAUAAGGACAAGCUUCAGCAGCCCGAGUUUCCCUUUUCACCCGUUCCGGGAUCCCGGACCAUUCUGGCUUUGUGCGCAAAA